AUGUCACGAGGUGAAACCGCUCUAGACAGGGUUUUUGUUCAGCCAGAGGCGAGACACACUAAAAUCAAGGCUGCCUUCUUCCCGUGGGCAAAGAGAAGAGGCUCCUCGACCCGAAGCGUGCUCUCGCUCGCUGCACCCAGUGAUUUGGAUGUGGUUCACGACACUGUGUUCCAGCAAGAGCGGUACCCGUUCCGGAGUGUCCCCUACGAUGCCACCCAUAUCAGCAGACCAGCACCGGUCUCCAAUCAAUGGGAUCACUACUUGGAUCUGUAUCCGUCUCCGACUGAUUCCGAAACCAGCUCCCUAGCUUCAUACGAAGUGCCCGACGGGUCUGAAUACGAGCCUGAAGAACACAUGGAAGACGUAGUGGUUCACUUGCCUCUAAAGAAACAAUCAAAGUUCCGGAAAUAUCUCCGUCCGGCGUCGUACUCUGCACCCGCGCCGGUGAUCGAUGAUGCCGCGCCCCCGGCCGAGUCCCAGCAACUUGUUGUUCACCAGCAGCCCAAACCAGUGGCAAAGCGAAAGAAGUUCUUCAUUUCCCAGCGCCAUGUGUCUGGAAAUAUCCCACAACCACUCAAACGAGCAGAUACCGAAGCAUCGCAGGACGAUGUACUCAAUUCCCCGUUGAUCGGGUAUAUUCGCAUGCUCUCGAAACUAUCCGUGGUUCUAGAGCCCUUUGAACGUCUAAUUGAGAUGUUCCCUGACCAUAAACUGCUCAUCAUUGCCCUCGAACUCAUGAUAGCUAUGUGGGUCCUGUAUCAGGUCUCAAUCGUCAUUGAAACAAUUGCCCUGGCUGUUCGUGCCUUGUGCAUCCCGCUCAUUAUCGUCGGCCGUGUCUUCGGUUAUUUAUAG